AUGCCUCAACAACGCCUCGACUUCACCCCAACCUCACGACGGUUUACCCCGGCACAAUCGAAUAGCGACCUAGCCCUCUCCAACUCCCCGUUACGCGACUCGGACGAGGGCGACGCGUCCAACUGCUUAGCACCAUUGCCCCACCUACUCUCAUCAUCUUCAGCAUCGUGCCUCAAGCCAAGGACGUCGUGGGUCUUCUCUCAUAUGCCGGACGAAGACAGGGAGACCAGAUACUAUAACCAGCGAGCGGGAAAAGAGGAAUGGCGCUGCCGUCACUGCAACAAGACGUAUUCCUGCUCCGGCGGCACCGCAGCUCCGGCUAAGCAUCUUACAGACCCUCCGCCAGACGGCCAUGGUCUCUCGAGGGGCGCUCCUCGAACAUCCAAGGUGGUCAACAUACGGGCGAUUCUCGAACAAGCUCGGCUUACGGCCGAGGAGAACCCGCGGAAGCGCCGUCGCCUGAACGAUCAAGCAGGUGACUCGAUUGUCCCUGACCAACUCGAAGCAUCAUAUGUGAGGUUCAUUUCGGCCUGUUCUCUGCCCUUUCGUCUCGUCGAAUGUCCCGAUUUUCGAGCGCUCCUAUUGUACCUCAACGACGACGUUGAUACAUGGCUGCCCGACACGCACGAGACGGUCAAGAAAUGGAUAAUGCGACAGUUUGAUGCGGAGAAGGCAAGAAUAAAGCAAGGAAUACAGGCGGCCAAGUCAAGAAUUCACAUCAGCUGCGAUCUUUGGACGUCACCUAAUUGCCUGGCCAUACUCGGCAUAGUCGCACAUUACGUCACAGAAGACGGACAACCCGAGCAUCACACGUUGGCUCUAAAAGACAUUGACUGCGAACACAACGGCUCUCACCUUGCGGCAGCAGUCUUGGACGUGGUGGAGGACUGGGGCUUCGCGUCAAAGCUUGGGUAUUUCAUGAUGGAUAAUGCUGCGAAUAACGACACGAUGAUGACGUCGCUCUCUCUCGACCUUCUACGCCGAUUCGACAUUCACUACGACCCAAAAGUCCACCGCCUUCGCUGUCAGGGACACAUUAUCAACCUUGCCGCCAGGGCUUUCCUCUUUGUUAAUGAUAAAGAGACGCUCGAACUUGACGGUUCCGGUAACAGUGCAUCUUUGAAGGACAUACAAGCUUGGCGGGAACGGGGGCCACUUGCGCUUAACCUUCGCGAGGCAGUCGAUGGUUAUUUUAAUAAAUGGAAGGAAGCUAAGUGCGCGGGGGACGAGCUGUCUGCAGAUGACUGGGCUGUCCUAGGAAAGAUCAAGGCCUUUUCGGAGAAGCUGAAAAUGACUACCAAGGCUCUUGAGUCGUCUUUUGUUACUCUUGAUCAUGUUCUAUUGGCCAUGGACUUUAUGCUCGCCCAGUCUGAAGCAGGAAAGGCCGCCAAUCGUGAUGAUCCAAUGAUGAGUCCAAUGUUUAACUCUGGGUGGGCGAAACUGGACAAGUACUAUUGUCUCACUGAUGAGUCGCCUGCCUAUGUGGCCGCCAUAGUGUUACACCCUUCGCAUAAGUGGCAUUACGUACAGGAAAACAGGAGAAAAGAUUGGGUUGAACCAGCAAAGGCGUUGGUGGAUGCUCUAUGGUCGCAAUAUAGACCUAUUGAGUCGUCUCUGUCAUUUUCUCAUACCGUGUUGCCGGCAACAAACGAGUUCUUGGAUUGGAGGAAUAAACACCUUCAGCCGGCACUCAUCACGGAUGAGUAUGAGCGCUACUGUCAGGCCGAGCGGACGUAUGGCUUUACGAGCGCACUUUCAUGGUGGCUAGAGGAGACGCAGCAAAAGAACUACCCUAACCUGAGUAAAAUGGCGGUCGACAUUCUGUCUAUCCCGGCAAUGUCUGCCGAGCCUGAACGGCUAUUCUCUGCUGCGAAGUUGACGGUGACAGAUCGUCGUAACCGGCUGGGGAGUGAUGUCAUGGAAGCGCUAGAGUGCUUGAAAUAG